AUGGCUGAAGGGGAACAGCUACAGCCUUCUUUAGCAACAAUUCAAGAGAUAAUUGUUAAUGCAGCUACUCUUGAAAAUCCUCCAAAUGUCAUCCCAGUGUAUGCAGAGAUAGCUUCGAUAUUUAUCAAGCCAUCUGAAGCGUACUUAAAGGUCGCUGCUCACUCGGAGUCGAACUUCUCAUUUUUGUUUGAGAGUGCCGCUACCGAACGAGUUGGAAGAUACAGCUUCGUUGGUGCCGGACCUCGCAAAAUCCUCAAAACUGGUGAAGGCCAUGGUGAAUCCGUCGACCCGUUACCAGCAUUGGAAGCAGAACUCGCCAACUACCGGGUUGCACAUGUACCAAAGCUCAAGCUUCCUCCACUGACUGGGGGAGCCAUCGGGUACGUUGGCUAUGACUGCGUACGGUACUUUGAGCCAAAGACGGCUCGGCUUAUGAAAGACGUAUUGAAGGUGCCCGAGUCACUGUUCAUGCUUUUUGACACCAUUGUCUCGUUCGAUGGGUUCUUUGAGACUAUCAAAGUCAUCACAUACGUUCAUAUUCCAGAAGACCUGUCGAAACUUGAAGCAGCUUACGAAAAGGCACGAGACACCAUUAGUGAGAUUAUUGGAGUCUUAGAAGCUCCAGAUCUUCCACUCCCAGUCCAGGCCCCCAUCAAGCUAGGACAACAGUAUACUUCAAACAUUGGACAAGAAGGCUACGAAAAACACGUCACGGAUCUGAAGAAGCAUAUAAUUGCUGGAGAUAUCAUCCAAGCUGUACCUUCACAACGUAUUGCUCGACCUACCUCUCUUCAUCCUUUCAAUAUCUAUCAACAACUGCGCCGUGUCAAUCCCUCUCCCUAUCUGUUCUACAUCAAUUGUGCAGACUUCCAAAUUAUUGGUGCCUCUCCUGAACUUUUGGUCAAAAGGGAAGACGGACGUAUCAUCACACAUCCUAUUGCUGGUACGGUGAAGAGAGGCGAGACGCCUGAAGAAGAUGAAGCGCUUGCUGAGGAACUUCGGCAAUCACUCAAGGAUAGAGCAGAACACGUUAUGCUUGUCGACCUUGCAAGAAACGAUAUCAACCGUGUUUGUGACCCAUUGACCACCAAGGUCGAUCGAUUAAUGGUGGUUGAGAAGUUUAGUCACGUACAACAUCUGGUGUCGCAAGUCUCUGGAGUCCUGCGUCAGGGUCUGACCAGAUUCGAUGCAUUUAGAUCUAUUUUCCCCGCCGGAACGGUCUCUGGUGCACCUAAAGUCAAGGCGAUGGAGCUCAUUGCAGAAUUGGAAAAGGAGAAGCGAGGUGUCUAUGCUGGAGCUGUAGGCUAUUUUGGGUAUGGUACUCUUGACAGCGAAGGCAAGGAAGUCGAGGGUGAGAUGGAUACUUGCAUUGCCUUGCGUACGAUGGUCGCUAAGGAUGGUAUUGCCUACUUGCAAGCUGGGGGUGGUAUCGUCUUUGAUUCCGAUCCUUAUGAUGAGUACAUUGAGACUCUCAACAAGCUUGGUGCGAGCACGAAGACUCUGACAAAAGCCGAGGAAGCGUACUCGAGGAUACAGUCAAAGGAGUCACCAAACAGGACCGUCAAGAAGGCCCAUAUCGAUCUGGCUGGAUGAUCAGAGAGCAGAAAUUAAACCUUUAGAAAAAUCAGCUACUGGUAUGAUCGAAGCCGUGUUUGACUUCUCAUCAACAUGGAGCAGAUCCAAGAUCUAAGUUUCAAAGCUUGGACCGAUGCUGAAGAAUCACGACGUCGCAAUGAUAUCAUGAUGCAAACAUGAACUCUAUUCCAUGUGCAACAGAGAAGUCACUCUCUAGAUUGUAUAGUAUAUAAGCUCCAGGCAUCGGUUCCGGCAGGAAUUCGGCCUAUUUCAUUGAAGCCCCUGAUCCAC